GCGGAAGCGUCGCCAGAAGGGCGGGGUUCGCAUGCGCAGAGUGGAGGUGGUGCCGUUGGUGAGGGAGAGGGGUUGCGCACUUUGUGUCACCAGGACACCAUGGGCUGUGAUGGAGGUACCAUCCCCAAGCGACAUGAGCUGGUGAAAGGGCCCAAGAAGGUGGAGCAGGUGAGAAACGAUGUCGUCCCGUGCCGCCCAGCCGCGACCUGCCGGUUUCUACCAGCCGGAUGGUGCGGCCUCGGCUGCUCAGGCUUUCCGCGCUGUUUACUGGUCGCUCCAGUGCCUGGUGCUAGGCCUGACAAGUUGGGACAGAGUUCAUAUUCAAUAAGCACACCACCUGCCUCCAAGUCUGUUGGACCAAGACAUUAUGAUGUGUUUUCACUGUGCUGUUUUGAUCCUCAGGAUGUGAAGGAGCUAAAUCUGACAGACAAUCCGGCCUGGAGAGGUGACAAGGCAAACACAAAAGGUGACAAGUAUGAAGACUUACAAGGUGCUGCUUUCAUCUGUCCUGUAGUUGGUUUGGAAAUGAAUGGUCGACAGAAAUUUUGUUACCUCCGUGACUGUGGCUGUGUCUUUUCGGAGCGUGCUAUGAAAGAGAUAAAGACUGAAGUUUGCCAUAAGUGUGGGAAACCUUUCAAAGAAGAUGAUGUGAUUAUACUGAAUGGGAGCAAAGAAGAAAUUGCAGAUCUCCGAAGGAAAAUGGAGGAAAGAAAACUCAAAGCCAAAUUAUUGAAGAAAGCAAAGAAGUCCAAGGCAAUAGAUUCUUUUUCAAAAUCUGCACUUACUGAAGAAAUUGCGGGGUCAUCCAUCCAGAAACCCAAAGAAACUAAAGUAGCCAUUGAUAAGAUGCUGAAUGGAUUUUCGAGUGCUUCAAGUGCAGCAAAUGCACAGUCAUCAUCAUCUUCCACAUCCACUGCAGCUGGGAAAGCUGGGAAACCUGGUAAACCUGCUUCUGGCGUCACCAAACGACCUCUAACAGAAACUGGAGAGAAAUCUGAGGCUUACAAAUCCAUCUUCACAUCCCAUAGCUCAGCCAAGCGCUUAAGGGAGGAAAAACCCAACUGGAUUACACAUACAGCUUACUACUACUGAGAUGGCUAACAAUGCUUUGAAAAUUUUCUUGUCUUUCCUGAUAGCAAAUUGAUGGGAUUAGCUUUAUUGUCAUUAGAUAGAUGCCUUCUUCAUACAAUUUGAUAAAGGAGCAGUUAAUUCUACAGCUGAAUUUUUUUUUUUUUGUAAAAGAUAUAGCUUGUCCUUUGUUUUAUUCUAUUCCAGUGAUUGAAAGUCCGCAGAAUCCAUAUGCUAAGAAUGUACCUUGAUGGGUGCAAGUGCUUUCUGGCAAUGACUUAUUACUCAACAUCAAUCUAGAUGGCUAGGAUCCAGCAUGCAAAUGAAAUAACUUUGUUCAAAUAUCUGAUGAUAUUUCUAACUGGCAAAUUAAAAUGUUCACCAAA